AUGUCUGUCUGUUCAACAAAAUAUAUUCGAAUUAGGCGCUGGACAGUAGACGACUUUAGUAAGAACAGUGGUAAUUGUCGUUGUUGUUGCUGUUGUUGUUGUUGUUGUGGUGGUGGUGGUGGUGGUAGUAGUGAUGGCGAUGGUGGCGAUGGUGGUGGUGGUGGUGGCGGUGGUGGCGGUAACGAUAGUGCUAUUACUGCCACUAUUUUGUCCGUAAAAAUAAAAUAUGAUGAAUAG